ACGACAAAUCAUGUCACUUAUACUUCUCAAAAUCUCAAUAUUAAUGUGUGGAUUAUGUUUCAGACUUCGUGCUUCCUCACUUGAUUGUAAGCAGCAGUACCAGCGAGGAUCUGAUGUGACUUUGCGAUGUGAUGUCCCUCUCCUGUUUGAAAAUUCAACAUUACAGUGGAUUAAAGACAGCGGACAAACCUCCAACACAACUCUUGUUUACAACAACUCUGCUUACAUCAUCUUACACAAUGUUGAUGAACACAGUGAAGGAAAAUAUUACUGCAGAAUAAUGCAAAAUGGCCUUGUAGAAACUGUUAUGAAUCACAAAGUUUGUGUCACUCAAUAUUCAGAAGGAAGAAAGCUUGUAAUUUACAGACAAAGCUCGAGUCAUAGUGAUUUAUUACUGAUCUGCAAGUCUAAAAAGGUAUACUACAGCCAUAUGUGGGUCUGGGAAACAAAGACUACAAAAGAUGUUAUAAUAUCUGUAAAAAAGGGAGGAGAAGUUCAAGUUAAUGGAACAAUUAAACCAGGAAAUAAAACCUCUGCCACAUUCAAUAGUCAAAUUUUUAUCCUUCACCUCUCACCUGUGGAGUUUAACUAUAGUGGGACUUACAAGUGUAUUCUAGAUAAUAACAUCUCUCCAUACGCAACCACAACUCUACACACCAUCAGAGUCUUUGCAGAGCCCCCUGGUGGUGUGUUGAUGAAUGAGUCUGUUGUUCUUACCUGUGAGCUGUCUGAUGUAACUGAUUCAGUGAUGCUGGUCUGGCUCAGGAUGCAUGGGGACAGAGGAGUGCUGUUCAAACAACGCAUUCUGAAUGAGAAAAACUUAAAGAAACGCCUCACUGUGAAUGUGAACAGCAUUUCGUCAGACAUGCAGCAUUGGCAGUGUGCAGUAUUUACUGAGAACAAACUAAAAGCCUUGGCUCCUAUAACAAUCAAUCUGAUCUCAAAUGAUCCAGGUACAUCAACAGAGACCCCCACUUCAACAUACCAAGACGACACCUGGACACAAGACAGCCACGUACAGACUAUGAUCCUUCUGGCCUGUUCUGUCACUGUCUGUGUGUUGAUUCUGCUGGGACUUCUAGUUUUUAAAUGUCAGCGAAAAACAUUUGCUGGUGGAGCUGACAGCUUGUUAAGAACAAAUGCAAGUUCAAAGGUGUUGGACAGCAGCAGCCUGUCUACUACAGUCAUCUACUCUGCUUUUUAAAUACAGUAAAACAUUUAUUGUAAAUUCUCAGUGUCUUGACUCAUAAUAGAAUGGAGGAGAAAAAGACUUGCAAAUUAUUAAUAAAUCAUUUUGUAUGAGUAAUAGAAUGUAAACUCAUGUUAUUCCUUUUUUUAUAUAAA